GUUUGAUUCAUGCUGGUCGCAUGAAUGGACUUGGUCGUUAUAAUCGGCCGCCAAAUUAUCACGAACUGAUCACCGGUGAGCGCGUCGCGACGUUGCUUGCGUCUCAGCAGAGUUGGCGCGCGAAACAAGUGAAAACGGCACAAAACGGGCACGGUCUAGUUGGCUGAGAAAAAUGGAUUUCAAUUGUUUCAGGCAAUUUGUGAUGUGUUUCGUGUUUGUGGUGUGUAUUGAGUGUUUGGAGAACGAGAUCAAAGAUUCCGAUCUGGAUUAUGACCAAAAAUUGUAUUAUCCUCCUCCAAGGAUGCGCUUCUUCGACGAGCUGGGUUUGAUCCCUCAGUCGUGCCGUUACAAGGGGGUGAAGUACGAAUGCGGUUUGAGCAUCAGCUGCGUUUUAGGGGGCGGCCGCCCUUUGGAUCUGUGCUCGGGCGGUAUGAUUUGGGCGUGCUGCGUCGACAGGGACACCGUUCACACACCUACGCACCAACCAGACGUAGGUGUCCUCAAUAAUGCUAACACAUAUCAUCUAGUUGGAUAUUAUCCUCCGGACCCGUAUGUUCCCGUUACGAACAGCGUUGAUCGUCCGCAGUACAAGCCACACUUCAAGCCUCACGACUCAAGACCAUUCCACGACUACGAGGACGAUUACCAUGAGGACGACGAGCCCUACACAUCACAACACGAACCACCAAAUUAUAGCUGCGGCGAACUGUAUACAAGGAGCAAUCGGAUAGUUGGCGGCCACUCGACCGGAUUUGGAUCCCAUCCAUGGCAAGUCGCUCUGAUUAAAACCGGAUUCUUGAGCAAGAAACUGGCCUGUGGGGGUGCACUUCUGAACGAGCGAUGGAUUAUAACAGCGGCUCACUGUGUGGCCACAACGGCCAACGGUAAUAUAAGGGUGAGAUUAGGAGAGUGGGACGUGAGGGAUCAGGACGAGAAACUACCUCACGAAGAGUACACGGUGGAGAGGAAGGAAGUACAUCCUUCCUAUUCACCUUCCGAUUUCAAAAACGACGUUGCACUCGUAAAAUUGGAUAGAAAUGUCAAGUUUAAGCAACACAUCAUUCCCGUGUGUCUGCCAUCACCGACGCUCAAAUUACCAGGGAAGGUAGCUACCGUAGCAGGCUGGGGUAGGACGAGACACGGACAAGCGACAGUACCUUCAGUUCUGCAAGAAGUUGAUGUGGAAGUUAUACCAAAUGAAAGAUGCCAAAGAUGGUUUAGGGCAGCUGGAAGAAGAGAGACUAUACACGACGUAUUUAUCUGUGCUGGCUACAAAGAGGGUGGAAGAGACUCGUGCCAGGGCGACUCCGGCGGACCGCUCACUCUGACUGUAGACGGCAGACGAACUUUGAUAGGGCUGGUUUCGUGGGGCAUAGGCUGCGGCAGAGAACAUUUGCCCGGUGUCUACACGAACAUUCAAAAAUUUGUGCCUUGGAUCGACAAAGUAAUGUCCUAGAUGCCUGUCAACGAAGUGCCAGUGUGAUGGAAAGUCAGAAUGUAGUCGGUUAGGAGUCUGGGAGUUAAUCAAUGGGAGUAGCGGAUGCUGCCCACUACUUCUGUGUAAAAUAUGUAUUAUUAAUGUAUAAAAUCAGAUCUACAUUAAUGGUUUUGUCUAAUGAUCAAGUGGCCUUAAUAUGACGGUGCUUUAUACAAUUAAAAGUAAACAAAAAUUUUAAAAUAAUCUAAUUUAUGUAUUUAUUAAUAACAAUAAGUAAUUUAUCGAAAUUUCACUCACUUUCAUUUCGUUCGACAUGUACACUUUCUUAUGCAUAUUUGUUGCGUCAACAUGUGGGCGAAACGAAAAAAUCAAUAUCAUAACUUUCUCAUUUCUAAUAAGGGUCAAAUUGUUGUCUAAUGAUAAGGCGCGAAUUCCUAAUUAAUAUCCUUUUAUUAAGGUGAUGUACCAUUUAUUUUGUUAUUACUAGUUUUAAGUAUUUAACACCCUGUGAUUGUUGUUUCGGCAGGGAAUAGUGAGGCGUGCUAAGAUGUAAAUCUGUAUCAGAUACUUAGGUUUUUGUAUUAUAAUA